AGCGCUGCCAAUUAUUUGUUUUCUAGUAGAUGGAAAUCAUACAACCAAGAGUUGAGAGUUCAGUCCCUAGAUAAUCAAUUCUCUGAGGCUACCAACCACUUCGAUAAGAAAACUGCUGUAAAGAGCGAGAGGUUAGUGGAGAGAAGAAGAAAAUAUGGCAACACAAGCUCUGGUAUCGUCAUCGUCUCUUACCUCUUCGGUGGUGGCCACCAGGCAGAUACUUGGACCAAGAUCACUCCAAUCUCCAAUUGGGUUAUCAAGAAAAGCUUCCUUCAUUGUAAGGGCAGCGUCCACUCCACCUGUUAAGCAAGGAGCAGAUAGACCCUUGUGGUUUGCAUCCAAGCAGAGCCUUUCUUACUUGGACGGCAGCCUCCCGGGUGACUAUGGAUUCGACCCUCUAGGGCUCUCGGAUCCCGAAGGUACAGGAGGGUUCAUCGAGCCAAAAUGGUUGGCCUACGGUGAAGUCAUCAACGGACGCUAUGCCAUGUUGGGUGCAGUUGGAGCCAUAGCACCCGAGAUCUUAGGGAAGCUUGGUCUCAUUCCUCCGGAAACAGCCCUCCCUUGGUUCAAAACAGGAGUAAUCCCGCCAGCGGGGACAUACAAUUACUGGGCAGAUCCUUACACAUUAUUUGUCUUUGAGAUGGCACUCAUGGGAUUUGCUGAGCACAGGAGAUUUCAAGACUGGGCCAAGCCAGGAUCCAUGGGAAAACAGUACUUCCUGGGGUUGGAGAAGUAUUUGGGAGGGUCUGGUGACCCAGCCUACCCUGGUGGACCCCUAUUUAACCCUCUCGGCUUUGGGAAGGACGAGAAGUCGCUCAAAGACUUGAAGCUGAAGGAGGUAAAGAAUGGGAGGUUGGCCAUGUUGGCUAUCUUGGGUUACUUUAUACAAGGUCUUGUGACCGGCGUUGGGCCUUUCCAAAACCUCCUGGAUCACUUGGCCGAUCCUGUCAACAACAACGUCUUGACUAGCCUCAAGUUCCACUAAGAGAGUUACAUGUAAUAUUUCCUGCUCGCCUUGUUGUUUGGAACUAUCUUCGUGUGCGUGUGUUUGUCUAUGUUUUAUAACAUGAUGUGGGUGUGUCAGUCUUGUGCUCCUUGUGUAACUGUACGAAUUGACAUCAUGAGGACUGAAAAUAGACUUGUUAAUUCCUCAUUA